CCGCCGCCGCCGCCAUGUUCCGGAGCCUGCUGGUGGCGGCGGCGCAGCGGCCCCAGGCCCCGGGUGGAUCCCCCCGAUCGCCGCUGCCCCCCGCCGGCCCCGCCGCCGAGGCGCUGGAGGCCCAGUUCAGCUGCCCCAUUUGCCUGGAGGUCUUCCACCGCGCCGUCGGCAUCGCGGGCUGCGGGCACACGUUUUGUGGGGAGUGCCUGCAGCCCUGCCUCCAAGUGCCAUCCCCACUCUGCCCGCUCUGCCGCAUGCCCUUCGACCCCAAGAAGGUGGAGAAGGCUUCCAGCGUGGAGAAACAGCUCUCAUCCUAUAAGGCUCCCUGCAGAGGCUGCAGCAAGAAGGUGACCCUGGCAAAAAUGCGCUCUCAUGUCUCAUCCUGUGCAAAGGUGCAGGAGCAGAUGGCCAACUGCCCCAAGUUUGUGCCAGUUGUGCCCACGUCCCAGCCUAUCCCCAGCAACAUUCCCAACCGCUCGACGUUCGUCUGCCCGUACUGCGGGGCCCGCAACCUGGACCAGCAGGAGCUGGUGAAGCACUGCAUGGAGAACCACCGCAACGACCCCAACAGAGUGGUGUGCCCUGUCUGCUCAGCCAUGCCCUGGGGGGACCCCAGCUACAAAAGUGCCAACUUCCUCCAGCACCUCCUCCACAGGCACAAGUUCUCCUAUGACACCUUUGUGGACUAUAACAUCGAUGAGGAGGCAGCGUUGCAGGCUGCCCUGGCACUGUCUCUCUCCGAGAACUGAGGCUGACCACGGAGCAUCGCUUCGGACCCCUCUCGCCACCCUGGUUCCUUUUGCACACUCAGCCUUCCUGCCAGGGAGGCACAGACCUCAUCACCCCCCCUGAGACCCGCUGCUGCCUCUCCUCCCUCUCCUCUUUGGCCAAAUUCCACCUUGUUGAAGAAGGUGGAGUCUCCUCAGCGGCGUGCUGGACUGGUGAGAGCAGAGCCAUCCACCUGCUGCCGGGAGGAGCGAGGAAUGGGCACUGAAGGGAGGACCACUCCUCAGUUAAGGUUUCCUCUCCAUGUUUGGGUUGUCUACCUGUACCCAGAUCUGCUUAUUAGGAGAUGCUUUUUGGCACCAUUUGUCUUCACACUCUCUGUUGCAGCUGAGUAGGUAGCUAAGCCUCUGAUGGGUUUCACGCCAGAAUGCCCUGAUCUGACCUGAAAUCAUCCACCACCGCCUCCUCCUUGAAAGGGAAGAAAACAGCACGGAGCAUCUUGGUGGCUUGGUUUUGUGGGGUGUUCUUAAGACUACAAAGCUAUUUGCAGAGACAUCAGCAGGCAGGAGCUGCCUCUUGGCCUGCUGCUGCCCGGGCUGGGUCGAACCCCC